GCUAUUUUGUAUUUCGUCCCAGUCUCCGCCGCGCAAAUCUCUUGAUCUCAAAACAAUCUCUACCUUUCGAGGUAGUUUGUGAGGAAAUAAGCAACGUAACCCCCGGUUUUUCUUUUCUUUUUCCUUUUUUUUUCAGGUAUUUGCUAAGAACAGUCUAAUAAAGUACAUAUUUGAAGAAAAAAAAAAGUUUGAUAGAAGAACAAAAACGGCUUAAAUGAAGCAACACUGCUUAUUUGAAUAAAAUAAGCUUUAUUUUUAAAAUAAAAGUUUGUGUUUAACGUAACAAAGACUUAAUUCUGUAUGAAGGUGAUUCGAAUUUUUGACGUGCAUCCAGUAAAAAAUACCCCAGUUUAAGUGCCUGCUGACGCAUAAACAGGCACGGUGACCCCAUUUUUUUUAUUGCAUUUUUUUUAAUGCUCAUAUCAUGAAUGUUGAUUAUGCCAAGUUUCCAAAAAGGUUUGAUAAUUUUCAGCAUUUUUCGACAAAAUACCUGUUAAAAGAACUCUUCUUGAUGAGCUCUUUCGUGUGUUUAGGUUUUUUAAAGCGUUUUUUAAUGCCCUGACAUCUUCAUUCAAAACGGUGAAUCUAAAAGGCGGAAUACGUCUGCGGCAUGGCAUGUGGCAUGGCUUGCGGAAUGCCAUAAUUAUGCGAAAUGUAAUAAAUGCAGAAUGACUAAAAGAAAUAAAUCAGUAAACUUUUGAGUGCACCCUUUUUUGGCGCCAAUCAAUUUGCAAAAGCAGCUACUUUUUUUAGUGUUGCGGGCUCGACUACGAUGACAAUCAAAAAGCCACAAAGCUAGGUGUCCCUCCCGAUUGGCUUUUUUCGCUCAGCUACAAAGAUUCCACUACUUGCCUUUAACAGUCGGACUGCAUGGCAUUACCAAUACUACACCACAAAAGUCGGCCAAUGAUAUAAACCUCGUGAACUCCAACGUGCUGCUCAUCCUUGUUGGUUUGAGCAAGCAGGGCGAUUGCUCCUUUAAAUUUGUGCCAAAAAAAGUCACCUUCCCAAAAAGGACGUGGCAGAAACGCGCGUAUGAUUUCUGUUCUACUUCAAUUUUAUUUCUUUGCGCCAUUUUCAUAUAUUACAUUCCAUAUAAUUAUGUCAUUCCUCAAGCCAUGCCACAUGCCAUUCCGCAAACUCAUUCCUCCUUUUACCUUCACCGCAUUCAAAACAUUUUAAAACUUUGUUGUAAUCUUGGCACUGAGACGCACGGAAGGUUGGCAUGGCAAUUUUGAAAAUUUCGCGCCAAAAUUAAGGGGUAAUUCGUCACCUAUGAUACUAUCAUUAUUAUUGUAAGUUGUUGUUGUUGUUAAACCAUUGUUUUUUUCUGUCUUUCUUGUCUAGGCCUUUUCCAUUGUAUCAGAAACAAAACAGGAGGAUUUAAGAAAAAGUAAACUUUUAGAGGAGUAUUACACCGCAGCCGAUGAGAUUUUGGAUCGUGAUCAAAUCAUUUUUGAUCAUGUUGAAAAGAAUAUUGGAAACGUUAAAGAGAGGAUAAAGCAGCACAUUAGGCAAAUGAAGCUGCUAUCGCAGGAAGGAUGCUAUCUUCUCGUAGCAGGUAAGUGAGAGAAAGUAAUUUUUUGAGGUUCAUUCUUUUGGGGAGGGGAGGUGAUCGAUUCUGUUCUAUAAAUGUUGAUGGCUAAGACUAGACAGUUAACCUUUAUGUGAUCCUGACUUCUCCAUUCCCAGAUGCAAACAAAAUAAUGCCAAGCCUCGCGCUUCAAAUAUAGGGAGUAAAUAGUAAUUACGAGUGUUUUAACUGGGUAAAGAGUUGUUGUCAGCGCUAACCCCAACGUCAAUCAAUUAUUUAUGACCAAUUGACCAAAGUGGGAAGCAUUUUAGUCUUUAAUAUAUAGAUUUAGCCUCCAUUUAUAUACUAUUAAUCACUGAAAGCCCCAAAUUUACAAUGAAUAAGCUUCAACCCAUGCAAAUUCAGAAAUUUAUACUUCACUGAUUUUAAAACAAAAAGAGAAAAUUAUAAGUCAAAUUCGAUCACAGUAAUAGUCUAGGAAAAGAAUUCUCACCCAUAGGUGUGCAUCUCCCCCCUCCCUCGCUAGCUUCCCUACACCCCUUUGAGAAACUAAUAGCCCAUGAAAUUAAUUGUUUUAUAAAGGCUGGUUGCCGUUCAUGAAAAUCCUUGGCAGCGUCUAGUUCACAGUUAAUUUUUAUAGGUCAAUCUUUCCGUCUCAAAGGGAUUCUACCCAAGUGGUAAAUUAGGUAGAUUUUUACAUUUCCUCUUAUGAAUAACCAUAAUGUUGUAGUGGUCCAUGGCCAAAUUUAUGGCCGUUUUAUGGGUUGUAAUGUAAACGGUUUUUUCUCUCUAUACAAGGUAUGUAAAGAGAGAAACUGUUUCCAGUAUAACCCAUAAAACGGCCAGAAGUUCAGGGGCAAGCAAAGCAUACAAGAGAUGUAAAGCGUGAAUAAAAUUUAAAAAGCUAUUUGACGAACAAACUCGUUCCCAGGUCUCCCAGGGGUCGCAUAAAUGAGUUAUAACGCG